GAAGCCGCUCUGGAAGCCGCUACUCCUCGAGACUCCUCUAACCUGAAAACUCACUCCUUCGCACUGUACGUAUUCAAGAAGACGCUUAGAACACACUCCAGUCGCUCCACUCCUAAGCCCACAUACCGACAAUGGCUUGGUACACAUACGUCGGUGCCAUGCUGGCAAGCAACUUCAUGAGGCCCGGAAAACACGGCCUCAACGAGGAGGCCCUCCAGAGCUACGCUACCCACGGCGUGCUGGUCUGGCUCAUGUACUUUUACAUCAAGUAUAUGGAGGGAAAGGAUGCUAUCUGGCCGUUUGUGGGCGCUUUUGCCGCCACCGCUUGCGCGUGGCUGGCUUUCAACUACGCUUUCGGUCUCGUGAACUUGAGGAAGGGCAACACUGAAAAGGACCCUGACUCGGUGACUCGCGCCUGGGACGACGGCCCACAUCUCACCCCCGUCCAGCGCGCCAUCCGCGAAGCCAGUUCCAUCCUAACCGGCUUCGCGACACAAUGGGCCCAGGUCCAAUCCAUCUACAUCCUCGCAUUCCUCGGCGGAUUCUGCGUCGUUGGAUAUGGAUUUUACAUUGUGGAGUGCGAGAGAGAGGUUGGAUGGGUUGAGAUGAUGGAGCAUAUCAAGGCGAAGGGGAAUGGCAUUUCGGUUGAUGCUGCUGGUGGUCACAGUAAGGAGGGUGAGAAGACGACGACCGGUGGGCAGAAGGCAAAUGGGAAGAAGAACAAGUAGGGAAGCUCGGACCACACUUAACAUCUGAAGAUUUUGGACAACGUUCGUUACCUACGACAGGCGUAGUGCUCUUCCACAUUUUAGACUACUUUCCUUUUCCUUACCUCAGUUAUCUUUACCGCAUCAUAUUGCAUUCAUUAAAGCUUAUCCACUAGAAUAGCAAUAGGAAUCAUAAUCUGCAGGCAGUUAUGACCCUU